AUGGGAAUGUUUAGGUGGAGAAUUGAUACUCUUGCUAAGCUAGAGUACUUUUGGCAGGAGUUUGCCAUCACUGUCGAUGUCCACCUUAGGUUGCCCCCACAGGACUUUCGCAAGACAUUCUUUCCCAGCAAAGACUUCAAGAGGCUGCUGGACUUCCCCAUUAAUCAGCACAAGGCUCUUCUACUGCUGAACUACAUCCCGGCUUACAAAUCCAUCCGUCCCGACGUUCCCAAGAAGAGCAAGUCUCCACCGUUAGCAACAAGUCCCCCAAUUACCUCAUCACCAAGGCCUGACCAAGCCUCUACAUCCGACCCAGCGGAGCAGCCAUCUACUUCUGCUCCACAACUGAUUCCACCUUCUCAGUGCCAACGCCGACGUCGAGCUCCACUGUUUGCCCCCGUAGGCAGAACUCGUAGCCAAAGGCACCGAAGUACUGAGACGUUGGCUUACGAUCCAGCUAACCCACCGACUGCACUUCUGGCGAUUCACUCCGGCACUAAAGUCACUGUCGCCGUUGCCGCCGACGAGAUGGGUUGCAAAAAGGCUGUUGCAGAUGACCUUCUAGUCGACAUCCCUAAUGUCGUCACAGUCCAAUCUUCACCUUCUCAGUCCCAGCCAAAACCGAAGCCAAAGAGACUGAAGAAGGCCCAAGCAAAGGCAACGGUGACUCAGAUCGAUUCUGAGGACACCUUGUCGAUUUCAAAAUUAGCCGAGGACGAGAAGAGUUCCUCCGCCGCCGAGAAGAGGCCUGCUGAGGACGACCUCUCUAAAUCUACCAGGUUAAAAAAGCUGAGGUCCCUAUCCAUUACGAUUGAAGAUAAGCCAGUUAGAACUGGUGAUAGUGUAGUUGACAUUGAGGUCGGCGUUGCCCUCUCAACUGCACUGCUCCUUCCGAAUGACCUUAAUCGUAUGGCCGAGGUCAGCGAAUAUGAAAAUUUCGCUCUGAUGGUGCAGCAUUCUGCGAUCCAGCACGCCCACUCCUUUGCAUUGCAAACAGAGGAAAUGAAGAAAGAAUUGGUCCACAAGACCAAGAAGGCUGCUAGAUUGCUCAAGUCCCUGAACAAAGCCAAGGCCAAAAUGAAAUCCUUGAUAGAUCAGGCCAAUGCAGCCAAGCAAGCUCAGGACGAGGCCGAAAAAAAGGCCGGGGCUGCAGAGGCUGUUGCUGAGGUUUUCAAAGCCGAGAAUAAAGAGGCCGAAGCAAAAAUUGCCAAAGCCCAAGCCGAGCUCCGAACUGCCUUGGCCAUAAAGGACGCCGAGAUCAAAGCGGCGGAUGAGAAGGCCUAUGCCGAAAGGGCAGCCGACGUCCGAGAAGACUACAAAACAGGCAUGCAACAAGGGUUACACCCUUAG